UGACAACAUUCAAGUGAGUAAAAUUGAGACUUUAAAGACUUUCCAUGUAGGCUGGUUUUGAAUAGUGCACUAAUAAACUCUACUCACUGUUUUGCACCAUGAUCCAGUCAGUGUGAGAGUUGUCAUAGGCUAAAUCUAUGGGUGGAUUAUAGAGCACUUGUAUUGUGCCGGGCACGACUAACUGGCCGACCCGACCUCUGUUGACCACUACAGUGGUCACUGUCGGCAUGCACUCGGAAGGCUCUGCAUCCUCAUCUCUCAAGCGUCUACCAUUCAACAAUGUCGCGCUGAAAAAACUUUCCUUCAUUCCAGCAUCCGGGAGUUCCUGUGCAGCGAGGCCAGGGCCGCUCUGGGCAUCCCCACCACCCGUGCUGCCUCUCUGGUGACAUCAGACCACUAUGUCAACAGAGACCCCCUCAACAAUGGCCGGCGCCGCUCGGAGAGGUGUUCGUUCGGUGGUCCUGCGCAUCGCCCCCUCCUUCAUCGGGUGAACGGUUAUUGGUUCGGGUCCUUUGAGAUCUUUCAGUCUCGGGAUGAGUUUUCAGGCCGACAGGGUCCCAGUCCAGGGCGCCACGACAUUCGGGCUCAGCUAGUGGACUAAGUCAUCGACACCUUUUACCCUCACAUCCAACGAAGCAAUGGCAACCGCAAAGAGAGGAACACAGCAUUUUUCAAAGAGGUGACAGUGCGGACGGCUCAUCUGGUGGCCCAGUGGCAGUGUUGGCUUCUGUCAUGGUGUCCUCAACACAGACAACAUGAGCAUAUUGGGAUUUACUGUGGAUUACGGCCCCUUUGGCUUUAUAGACAGAGUUUGUGUGCAAAGCAUCGGACCAGACCUCACCAACACAUUCCGCCUGUUGAGUGGCGUGUCCUGCCCUGUGGCGGGGGAGGGGAAGGGGGGCCACGGGGUGCCCGGUGGUGGACCUCAUCCUGGAGAAGUGUGUCUCCCUGGAGGAGCUUAAGUGAGCUGGCUAUGGUCCUCUCUUUGGCCCAGACCAACCCAGCCAUGUCUGGCCUGGUGGCAGACCGACCAUCAGCUGGAGAAGAUGGGCAGGCUGAAGGAGCUGCUGAGCACCAAUCAGGAAGAGCUGAGGGCAAAGCAGAGAGAGGAUUGGCUAUGCUGGAUCAGUCAGUACAGGAAGUGGUUGGUGAAGGAGUGUGAUGGAGCAAGGGAGGUGUGUACCAUAGAGGAAGAGAGGAUCCGUGUGAUGGACAGCACCAACCCACCCGUGGUGCUCCGCAACUACAUUGCCCAGAAUGCAGUGCAGAAAAUGUUGACUUCUCAGAGAAAAUUGGACAAAAUGUGGAAUAGGAUAUUUUUUUGUGGACUGGUGGUCUGUCUUAUCUGCCUCACUGAACAGACUCAGGGCCAGAAAACACCUUUAGUUGUUCAAGGGACAGAUUGCACACAGAUCAAAACUCUCUCCCCUCGGGCCACGAGUGGAGUGUAUGUCAUUCAACCUGCAGGAGUCAGAUUCCCCUUUAAGGUGUAUUGUGAGAUGCUGGCGGACGGAGGCUGGACAGUCUUUCAGAGGCGCUCCGGGGCAGAGGUUCUUUUCAACAGGAAGUGGGCAGUGUACAAACAAGGCUUUGGGCAUCUACGGAAGGACCACUGGCUAGGUCUGAGUAAGGUGUUUGCUCUAACAAAGGGCAGGGGCCGGAGAUCGACUAUGCGGGUCGACCUGUGGGACUUUGAAGGCGGCACUGCCUUCGCUGAGUACAGUGACUUCCGUCUGGGCCCGGAGAGGGGGGCCUAUAAGCUGAACGUUGGAGCCUACAAGGGCAAUGCAGGUGAUGCCAUCCGUGGGAAAUACGCCGGCAUUGACCAGAAUGGCUUUGGCUUCAGCACAACCGACAAGGACAAUGAUGGCUGCUCACCCUGCAUCUUUGGCGACAUCGCCGAGAACGAGUGCAGCUUCUCGGAGGGAGGAGGGUGGUGGUACAGUCGCUGUGGCUCUGCCAGCCUGAACGGAGACUGGCACCCCGUCGGCGAACACAUCGGCUGGGCCUCCGGCCUCCACUGGGAGACCUGGAAAGGACCUGCCCCAUACUCGGCCCGAGCCAGCCGCAUGAUGAUCAAGUCUGUGUGAGGCCACGUCUCAAUAAAUCUGAAAUGGUUUCCUAGGCCUAUGUCUCCUUUGCUUUAUGACCACCGGUCUGAGCCACAUUGGUGGGCAUGAGCAGAGGAAACCAUUGAAAUAACUGGAACACACAGCUAUGUGUUCCAUGGAGUGAUGCCUGCAUAUCGUGCUAUUUGCUUAUAUUGCUUGGUCAGUUUAUUUGGGUCUGUUGUGCAAUCAACCCACUGUAUUUUUUUUUUUUUUUAUCCCAUUCGCUUUGUUGUUUUAUAUCAUGGUGCAUAAAUCAGAGCCAACAUGUAAGUGACAGAAAUAGAAAAUAUCCAUUUUAUACACUUUUUACCCUCUAAAGUCUACCAUGAGUUAUGUUUUCAGUGAAGAGAAAAUACCUUGUGGAAGUUUUAUUUGUUACACUGCAACAAUUCUACAUCCAACUUCUGAACAGUUUCCUCACAUUGUUUGACAUCAUUUAUAUUCUAGAAUGUUGAUGUUGCAUACAUUUUUUAAUUAAAUACAUUUUUGAACAUUUGUUUAGCACGAACAUAUUCAAUAAUGUUCAGAAACCAUUCAUUUUGCUUGAAUUCACACAUUCAAAGCUCUGUGUUUAUAGAGAAAUAGAAGAUGUACUUAUUGUAUAAUAAAUCAUUCAUGGUUUCUCAUCA